AUGGCAAGCACUUAACCACUACGCGUACCGCGAUGCAGUGUUCCUUGCCGAAAGAUUGUAUGCAGAAGGCUUGCGGAAGGGGAGCAGAUCUUAUCUGGUGGAGUGUUGAAUAAACAGAAAAGCCAUGAUGACAUUGUUAUGGAGUUUGGGGACUCUGCAUGCUUUACGCUCUCCUUACUGGGACAUGUCUACUGCAAGACAGACCGGCUUGCCAAAGGAUCAGAAUGUUACCAAAAGAGCCUUAGUUUAAAUCCUUUCCUCUGGUCCCCUUUUGAAUCGCUCUGUGAAAUAGGUGAAAAGCCAGACCCUGACCAAACAUUUAAGUUAACGUCGUUACAGAACUUCAGCAGCUGUCUGCCUAACACUUGCACAACGUUGGUAUCUAAUCACAACAUAUCCCACAGACAGCCCGAGACCGUCCUUAUGGAAACGCCUCAAGACACAAUUGAGUUGAACAGAAUCAACCUAGAAUCCUCCAAUUCAAAAUAUUCCUCCUUGAACACGGAUUCUUCGAUGUCUUACAUUGACUCAGCUGUGAUUUCACCAGACGCUGUCCCGCUUGGGUCAGGAACUGCCAUAUUGUCAAAGCAGGCUCAAAAUAAACCAAAAACCGGGCGGAGUUUACUGGGAGGACCCGCGGCUUUGAGCCCACUAACCCCAAGCUUUGGAAUUUUGCCACUAGAAACCCCAAGCCCUGGAGAUGGAUCCUAUUUACAGAACUACACCAACUCUUCUGCUGUCAUCGAUGUGCCACCCACAGGAGCACCUUCCAAGAAGAGUGUCAGCAGGAUGAGCCAAGCUGGAACAAAGUCUGUCUUCUCACAGAGCGGAAAUAGCCGGGAAGUCACUCCAAUUCUUGUUGCACAAACACAGAGCUCUGGCCCACAGACAAGUACAACACCUCAGGUAUUGAGCCCAACAAUUGCUGCUCCACCAAACGCGCUGCCUCGAAGAAGCUCUCGCCUGUUCACUAGCGACAGCUCUACAACAAAGGAAAAUAGCAAAAAGUUGAAAAUGAAGUUUCCACCUAAGAUUCCCAACAGAAAAACAAAAAGUAAAACAAAUAAGGGAGGAAUAACUCAACCAAACUUAAAUGACAGUUUGGAAAUUACCAAACUGGACUCUUCCAUCAUUUCAGAAGGGAAAAUUUCCACUGUUGCGCCGCAGAUCCAGGCUUUUACGCUACAGAAGGCAGCAGCAGAAGGUUUGAUGAGCCUUCUCCGUGACAUGGGGAAAGGUUAUUUAGCCUUGUGUUCGUACAACUGCAAAGAAGCGAUCAAUAUUUUAAGCCAUUUACCGUCUCACCACUACAACACUGGCUGGGUGCUGUGCCAAAUCGGGAGAGCUUACUUCGAACUUGCAGAAUAUAUGCAGGCUGAGAGAAUAUUUUCCGAAGUGAGGAGGAUUGAAAACUACAGAGUAGAAGGCAUGGAGAUCUAUUCGACUACGCUGUGGCAUCUGCAGAAAGAUGUUGCUCUUUCGGUUCUUUCCAAGGAUUUGACGGACAUGGAUAAAAACUCCCCGGAGGCAUGGUGUGCUGCAGGAAACUGCUUCAGCUUGCAACGAGAGCAUGACAUCGCCAUCAAGUUCUUCCAGAGAGCCAUUCAAGUGGAUCCAAACUACGCUUAUGCCUACACCCUGCUGGGGCACGAGUUUGUGUUGACGGAAGAACUAGACAAAGCAUUAGCUUGUUUUAGAAAUGCAAUCCGGGUCAACCCGCGGCACUAUAAUGCCUGGUAUGGGUUAGGAAUGAUUUAUUACAAACAGGAAAAAUUCAGUCUAGCAGAAAUGCAUUUCCAGAAAGCACUUGAUAUCAAUCCUCAGAGCUCGGUCUUACUGUGCCACAUUGGAGUAGUCCAGCAUGCACUGAAAAAAUCUGAAAAGGCUUUGGAUACUUUAAACAAAGCUAUUAACAUUGACCCCAAGAACCCGCUAUGCAAAUUCCAUAAAGCUUCUGUAUUAUUUGCAAAUGAAAAAUACAAGUCUGCUUUACAAGACCCUCUGGAACUGAAACAGAUUGUUCCCAAAGAGUCUCUUGUUUACUUUUUAAUAGGAAAGGUUUAUAAAAAACUGGGUCAAACGCAUUUGGCCCUAAUGAAUUUCUCGUGGGCAAUGGACUUAGAUCCCAAAGGAGCCAAUAACCAGAUUAAAGAGGCCAUUGAUAAACGCUACCUUCCAGAUGAUGAGGAGCCAAUAACUCAAGAAGAGCAGAUCAUCGGCACAGACGAAUCCCAAGAGAGCAGCAUGACGGAUGCGGACGACACGCAGCUCCACGCGGUUGAAAGCGAUGAAUUUUAA